AUGCACAUUUCUAAAAUUCCCCCUGAAAUUCUUACUUCCAUUGCACUAUCCUUUUCCGAGAAAGAUUUACCGCAAUGCUCACUUGUUUGCAAGAAAUGGCGAGAAGUUUUUUACGUAGAGCCACGGGGUACAGUAAAAAUAUACGAUAGUGUGCUUGGUGCAAUGCUCUAUCGAUUUUUUAAAGAAAAACAUUUGAUAUAUCGUCAGCACGUCCAAGCCAUAACAGGUUUCGAGGAAUGUCCUGUCAGCAUCAAUAACCUCUUGAUUCUUCAAAAGCUUUUUCCAAACACUCGGAACCUUGAUAUCACUAUAUCUCAUCCAAAUACGAGAAAUACAGACACAAAAUGGAGUGUACGAAAGCUUCUAAAGAACCUUGGCAUACAAUUUGACCAGUCCGUCGAUAGCAGCUUGAAGAAACCAUACUAUGUUAUAUUGUCCCGAUUCUCCUGUUUGACUACACUUGAUUUGAUGUUUAGUGGUUCAUAUACAUCAAGAGUCGGAGACUUCGAAGCUAUUCACAAUUAUUUGCCCCAUCUAGAAAGUUUUUCACACAGAGUUGAGCUGGCCAGUAUUACUGAAGAGGAAAUGAAAUGCAUAAACGAGACGGUUCCAGUAAAUAAUUUGUCGAAGAUUUCAAUAGCAAUGGACACCCAAGACCUGCGAUGGCUUUAUUAUUUUGCUGUAAAAUACCCAAAUGUCCGUGAAAUGACAUUAGAAGCUAUGGGAAUAAGGAAUUUUUUGGAGGACUGUAAUACGGCAGUAGCCAAAUCAAAAAUAUCAUCGCUUCCGCAUGUAUUUUCAAGCCUGAAAAAACUCACACUGGAGAAUAGCCCACAUACUAGUUCGUUUCUUCUCGCAUUCUAUCAGUGCUUUUACAAUGGAACUCUCUCUAUCAAAGAAUUCUUAUAUAAAUUUUACAUAUCAUGCAAAGAAAGAGCAAUUGAGAAUGCUACAGCAGAGUUUAUGCGUGUAUGUUCUAGAACCAUUGAAUCGAUAACGCUUAGUGAGAUCGAUUAUAUGGAGCAACCCAAUCCUUUUGAUUCAACCCAUUUAUUCACGGAUUGCCCUCGGUUAACUAAUCUGGAAUUUUAUAACUGCGGCUCCUGCUUGCAAUUCAAUACGAUUUUAGACUGCUGUCCUUCUUUAAAGAAAUUGGAGCUGUAUACGGGAGGUGCUUAUAUUGACUCAAGAGCAAUACAAUCGUUCCACCCACAUGGACUACGCAUUAUUCGCCUAGACCAAGCCACAAUUGAUCCUGAUACAAUGAAAUAUAUCUCUGCUCGGUGUUUAUCUUUAAGCCAUGUGUACUUUCACAAAUUGAUGGUAAUCGGAACUAUUUCUGAAGAUACAGGGAAUCUUUUGAUUGAUAUGUCCAACCUCAGACUUAAAAAGCUGAUAAUCAGCAGUAUAUUUUACAAACUACAUGUCGAAGUAGGAUUAUGGUAUCCAUGGACUAAAAUCGAUUUUAUGAAACUGGUACAGCUUGCCAAGCCGUAUCCUCGAACGAUUGAGAGAAAUGAACAAAACGACCAACAUUUUGCCAAUCAUGUACCCAGAUAUGAGACUGUUACAAUUUGGUACAAAGUACUCACUCGUUCAUAUUCUGUAAAAGACAUGGCUCUUCCCGCUACCCAACAGGAAACGACCCCACAAGGGUCACCACACUAUGGAGACAACAACUUCCCUCCUCUAUCACCUAACAUACAUCCAUCAACCCAACCAAACGCCCCCACACAUGCUUUACCUACUACCACUCCCAUCACCUUUGCCUCCUUGGUCGACCCUGAAAAACAACGCUCCCUCACGCGCAUAGAACGCGUACUUGGUUCAGAUGACCCAUAUGCCAUUCCUACGGAAUGUCGGUUCGGUACUUCCCCCCACUCUGUUUUUUACGACCUGCCCCAAUCUGAUGACUCGUUCAUGGCCGCCUUCUGGACAGCAAUUCACGCCGCUUUCUCUGAGGAGGAAGCUUUUGCUGAAGUUACCUCUGUGCGCAACAACACACACAUCGUCGAACUUUUACCUUGA